AUGUCCGAAUCAGCCAGCGAGACGCUCGCGCCCGUCGAGCCGCUCGCCGUCCUGCCCUCAACCACGCCCAGCGAAAAAGCCGCCGUCACCGCUGCACGCCCCUCCGAUGCCGCAUCCACACCUCGGCCUCGGCGCACCGACGGCGCUUCCUCCGCCUCCUCCUCCUCCUCCCCCUCGGCGCUCGCCCGCACCGACGCCUUUAUCGCGCACCUCCAGCGCUGCAUGCAGACGCGCGCGGGCGCCGACACGGUGCUCAUGUUUGCGUGCUACGCGACCCGCCUCGCCGGCAACCUGCUCGACAUUGGCGGGCGCGCCGCGCUGCGGUCCUCGGCGCGGCAGCUCGUCGCGGCGCUGUUUUCGCUGCCGCCGUCGACGUCGGUCGUGCUCAAGCCGGCGACUAUGCCGAGGUCCAUUGCCCUUGUGCUGGAUCUCGCCGCUCGGCUGCAGGCAUACUCGGGCAUGGUGUCGGAGAUGCGGACCAUGGGCCGCCUCUGGGGCCUGCUGGGGCUGUACUCGGCCGUCAAGGGGCUCAUCGCGGCACGCAAGCAGCAGAAACAGACUGAUGCGCUGAGCGACGAGUCGGCCGAAAAGACGUUUGCGGCGCUGGUGGCGUGGGCGCAGACGCUGUGUCUGGUCGUGUUCCAGGUCUGCGAGAACGCGGCGUACCUCGGCAGCAAGAAGAUUCUGCCCAUCAAGCCGUUGAACCAGGGCCGUCUUGCCAUCUUGAGCGUGCGCUUCUGGGGCGCGUACGUCGCCAUGGAAGUCGUCAAGCACUUGACCGAGCGCGCGCGGCGGUUGUCGGCGUCUGGCGGCGUAAAGGCGACGGCGGCGGCGGCGGAGGAGAAGAGGUGGCAGGAGGACUGGCGCACGGCGUUUUAUAGAAAUGCGGCGUGGGCGCCGCUCACGAUGCACUGGGGCACGCCGGGCGGCUUGCUGCCGGACGUGCUGGUCGCGCUGUUUGCGCUGUACCCGGCGACGGGCGGCAUGAGGGAUCUAUGGCGCCGCACGGCGUAG